CCCGUCUGUUCCGAUUUGCACGCACGGUAGCAUAUCCUUCACGUCCCGUUCACACCCAGAUGAUAGCAUGCUAAAUUCUGGCGCAAAUCGGUCUGGAUCGGCCUGAACCCAAGACGAACGAGCAGCGUGGAAGGUCUGCAGUUCCCUGGGCUUUCUGAAGCCUUCGCUCGUCCUGAUCCUGGACUUACUCGGUGGUCUGGCAGUAUGGUCGCGUAUCUCUGGCUGGUAUGGUACGAAGCACUAGCUAGGGCUGCCUCUCGACACUGGGCGUUGGCAGUCACGUACGAGGCGCACGAACAAGCGUAUGCGACAUUCUACGAGGUCGUCGGAGAUAGCUCCGGAGGGCGGUAUCACCCCCGGGUAGUCAGGCGCGUGCACCUGACGAGCAAGCACGGAUCGACGCCGUACGCUGGAAAGUUGCUGCUGGGCGAAAUUACGGACGAGGUCCUGAAAGUUCUCGAAGCGUACAGCGAAACGGCCGCAGAGCUGGUCAAUUCGCACAACAAGAAACGCGGCAUACACGAGUGGACAUGCCACGACUGGGCGAUCAUCAUUGCGAGAAGCUUAAAGGACGCACUUCUGCUCCCAGAGGGCACCCUUGUCAGGGUGGAGAAGAGCGCUAGAUUCGGCUGAUGAGGAUAUAUGUGCAUAUUCUGCCCGACCAAUCCGGGUUCAUUCCAUUUCACUGAGACACAUGAUGCGUGAAGGAACGGAUCUGCAUUACGUUCAUUAUCAGCUUUCCAGUCGCUGCUCUGAAAAUGUAUUCCAGGUUUGAUUUUGUCUUCCUGUUGGUCAUCAUCGCUCGUUUGGGGUGGAGUGACAUGAUUGGCUCCGCGGCAUUUGUAUUUCGGUUGGCAUCUGCAGCAUUAGGAGUUGCAAUUGGUCGGUCUGUCUUAUCAUAGACGUCUCCACUGUUUUCUAGUACCAUUACAAUUGCAUGUCGGUGGCCUGUGUUCUCCUAUGUAACUCCCCUGUCUACUCGAGAACCCUUAACCCAGUGUAGCCCAUUCGCCGAACUCGAAGAGAGUAUUCGUGGCCUCAGCAUAUACUUCGCCAGUGCCCAGCAAUGGUAUCGACUAGCUGGC